AGCUCCCUCACCGCAACCGCAAACUCCCGCUACGCCGACGCUGUCUCUACCUAAUCAUUACCUACUUAUCCUUCCUCGCCCACUUUGCACCCUAGCUAUGGCCACAACCGUCUGGCCGCCGAUCCCCUCGGACCGGCUCAAGCACGAAGAGGAUGCCUCUCUGGCCCGCGAGCUCGAAUGGCUCCUCUCAUCGCUGCGCAACACGCUCAAGUCGCUCAAGGCUGGCCUGGAAGAAUGCGCCGCCCUGUUGGCGCCUGAUGAGCACGGCUCCACCCUCGUCGUCUCGACCGUGCGCUCCGAGAGCCUCAAGGGUUUCGUGACGCGCGUGGGGACGCGCAUUGUCAAAGGAGACAUCAAGCUCCGCCUGGCCAGCCUGCCCCCGCCGCGCGGCGCGACCUACUACCCACUCUCCAUCUCGCAGGCGCCGCAAGCCCCCACGCUCGUCAUCGACCAAUUGACCGCCGUCCGCACGCACAUCAACUCGUGCCUCGACGUCGUCGACGUGACGACAUGGGCCGGCGACGCCACCAACGCAAACUACAUCGCGGGGCAGCUGCAGCUGCUGUACGACAACAUCCAAGAGGCGCGGCAGGCGCUCAAGGGCCCGUCGGAGGUGCGCGGCGAAUGGUGGACCAACUCGGUCGAUGAGAACAUAUUCGACCCCCCGCUCCCUGCCGACGUCUCAGUGCACAUGUGCCUCCUCGACGCGGCCAUCCUACUCGAAAUCCGCACUCUCGAGCCCCACACCGCCGACGAUGGCAGCCUCUUCGGCUUCCGCAACGCGCUGGCGGGCGCCCUCGGCGUCAGUCGCGCCCCCGCCCACGACGAGGCCGACAAGGUCUUCGCCUUCCGCGACCACCAGGUCAAGGUCAAGGAGAAGAUCCGCGUCGAGUCGCAGGACCCCAGCUUGAUCUCCGCCAUGGCCAAGCUUAAUGCCCUUGAGCAUCAUGUCGCGCUGAACAGGAAGGCCUUGGAUGUUGUCAUGGGGAGGGAUGAUUAGGUAGGAGGGCGUUUUUGGCAUGUUGGCCUUAGAUACCCCCAAUUGAGUUUCUUUUCCGUCCUGUUCGCUGCUACUGCUCAAAAUUUAUGGCAUCAGAUAUGGUGCAUCGUCAGGGAGUCUCGGGACUGAUCUGCGUUGGGUUUUGCAAAUGAGCAAACUGCUUUCUAGGAUAGGUGACGUAAUAAGUCCGAUCGGAC